GCUAAUAGCCAUUCAGCAGAAGAUGUAUUGCGUUUAAAGAGGGGCGAUCAGCUUCGUUUUACAGAAAAAUGGCCCAUUUAACUCAAAACCCAGCAGAAAAAGAAAGGUUUAUCUGCAUAUAUCCAGCAUACCUCAACAGUAAGAAGACCAUUGCUGAGGGGCGGAGAAUUCCAGUUGAAAAGGCUGUUGAAAACCCCACAUGUACUGAAAUGAGAGAUGUUUUAACAGCAGCAGGAUUCAAUGUGCUUGUUGAGAACAAGAUGUAUACAAGGGAGUUGAACAGAGACGUACAGUUCCGGGGAAGAGUACGUGUACAGCUGAAGAGAGAGGAUGGGAGUUUAUACCUAGAAAAGUUUGAAUCACGUAAAGACCUUAUGCUUUAUGUUGCUGAAAUGAUUCCCAAACUGAAGACUAGAACUCAGAAGACUGGUGGGGGAGAUCAAAAUGCACAACAAGGAGAAGGUGGGAAAAAAGGCAAGAAAAAGAAGAAGUAAUUUGUGUCCUACCCUAUUUUGCCUUUUCCCUUUGGAGACAAGCUCAUCAUGGCUUCCACAAGUAACAUGAAAACACUGUGUUGUGAUGGACAAAUAUAUGCAUCGCCUUUUGUAAAAUGUGGAUUUUGAAAGGCUAUGAAUGACCAUUUAGAAGAUUCCAAAACUACAGAAGUCUAAAGUCUUUACAGAUCAUGAAAUUAUUUUAUAAUUAAGUCAAUUCAUGCUUUAAUUUUCUGGAAUUGUUUCAUUCUUUUAAUUAUAAAUUUAUAAGAUGGUGAAUUUAUAGAAGGCAUUGAUGUCCAAUAAAUAAAAUGUACUGGGAUCAUGAUUCUUUCAAUUUAUUUAAAUGAUGUUAUACCUCAAUUUCCCUCCAGUCGUUUCCAUUUUAUAUGUAUUAUAUUUAAUGCCUAAACGUACUGCCAUUUCUGAACAUCUUAAAAAUAAAAUGUCAUUUGGGCUGUU